AUGGGUCUAGAAGACGAGGAUCCUGACCUGGGGCCGUGGCAUCUGGGGUGGCAGCGCUUGCAGAUCAGUGGUGACAGCCACUCGGUGCGAAGUUUAAACAUCAAGCACAUCGUCGUGUCCAGCCAUGCAGUUGCAGCAAUCGAGGACAAUGGUCAAGUGGUGACGUGGGGCGUGGCCGGAUGGGGCGGCGACAGCUCCGCAGUCCAUGACAAACUCCUGGACGUUGUGGACAUCGCCGCAUCCAACGGCGCAUUUGCUGCGCUGCGUGCUGAUGGCAAGGUUGUGACCUGGGGUCUUCCUCUGAUGGGCGGUGACAGCAAAAAGCUGGCGGAGAAGCUCGUCAACGUGAAGCAGCUUUGUGCUUCUGGCUCAGCCUUCGCCGCGCUGCGGACGGACGGGACGGUCGUCAGCUGGGGGGAUGCCCAGCGUGGUGGAGACAGUUCCAGGGUGCAGGCGGAUCUGAAGGAAGUGAGGCAGCUGAUCGCCUCGCAGUAUGCCUUUGCGGCGCUGCGAUCCGAUGGCGGGAUCGUUGCCUGGGGCCAGGCCGACGCUGGUGGAGUUUGCGAGAACAGCCACGAGCUUGUGGGAGUCCAGCAGCUGGUUGCUUCAGCCGCGGCCUUUGCUGCCCUGCGCCGCGAUGGGACGGUCGUCUCCUGGGGAUCUUCAGAGUUUGGAGGAGACUGCCAGGACGUCGCGGGCAGCUUAACCGAAGUCAAGGCGGUCGUCGCCGCGCGCUCCGCAUUUGCCGCCCUCCGCGAUGACAGCUCCGUCGUGACUUGGGGCUCCAUAAGCAAGGAUGGCAUCGCCACGCCGGAGCGUCUCGAGAGCGUGGAGUGUGUCGUGGCAUCGGAUCGAGCCUUUGCAGCUCUUUUGGGCGAUGGGAGCGUGGUGACGUGGGGCGACCGCGACUGUGGCGGCGACAGCCAGGCGGUACAGCAGGAGCUGGUUGGCAUCAGGCAGCUAGCAGCCUCCAAGCUGGCAUUCGCGGCUCUUCGCUUUGAUGGUGCCAUUGUUACGUGGGGCGCGCCUGACUUCGGUGGCACCGGACGCGUCAUGGCCGGUGCCAAGGAGGCCACGGCGGCCGAGCCUGCCGCCUAUGCCCUCAUCCGGGAGACUGGAGCGGUGACAUCCCUGAGCCCGGCUGCAUGUGUGCCUGAGGCGUGUCAGGGCGACACCUGCGACACCUGCUCGUGUGCCAGCCCGGCAAGGAGCACCGGGAGCACCGCAUGCACUCCAAGCCCAAGAGGCAGUGAAAGCCGCGACAGUGAAGCCCGGGAGCCAAGCCCGGGCCUGGCACCCCAGGCCAGUCGCAAGGACGUGCGUCAGACCGUCUGCUUGUAG